AAGAUGAUUUGCUAGCAAGCGCAACUUCACUCGCCUCUUUCUCUCUCUCUCGAGUCGUCUGAAACGUUGCAAACUCUGGCUGUUUGUUUGGUCUGACAGCGGAGGUUUUCUCAGGAACUGGAAACAGUCUAGCAGUCAUCUGGACGCGUCCUUUUGUGGCAAUCUCACGCCUUUUAAAACUAUGUUGUAGAGAUGGAGUUCAUGAAAGUGAUCGGAGCUGUUUUGGCACUUUGUUUCCAGCCGGGCUGCGCGUCGAAGGCGUUCAAUGAUCAGAGGAUAUGCCGGAGAGGUACAGAAAAGCCCUGCUAUAAAAUCGCAAGUUUUCAGGACAGCAGGCUCAGGGUGAGCUUUGAGGCCGCCAGACAGAAAUGCAGGGAUGAUGCCGGAGAGCUGCUGAGCAUUGAGACUGAAAACGAGCAGCGUCUGGUGGAGAGGUUUGUUCAUGAGCUAAAGGCCUCAAAUGGAGAUUUCUGGAUUGGGCUGCGAAGAGAACAGAGACACAAAGACUCUGGUGCAGAUUGUUCAUCACAAUAUUACUGGCUGGAUAACAGUCGAGCCACAUUCAGGAACUGGCUGGUGACAGAGCCCUCGUGUGGCCGUGAACAAUGUGUGGCGUUAUUCUACCGAUCCUCCAUCUCUGCUGGCCAGAAGGAGCUCAACCUAUUCAAGUGGAUGGACAAUAACUGCAAUUUCAGAAAUAAUUUUAUCUGCAAGUACUCAGAUGAGAAACAUCUUGUCUCCACUCCGGCAGAUAACGUGACAGCACACACAGGUCAUGAUGAUUUGACAUUAAUACCAAAGCAUCCACCUAUUACUAGGGACAAUGACAAGAUAAACACAGAACUCUCAGAGUCAUCAGUUUCACUUUCAGAUGACACAGUUAAUAUUUACUACAUCCUCCUGGCUACUGUACCUGUAAUGCUGCUGUUAAUAUUAGUGGUGUCAGGGGUGCUCUGUUUUAGAGUAAUGACCAAGAGGAGAAAAGAGCAAAAUAUAAUAUAUGCGGUUCCAGGGCAGUGGGUGCGCACGGCACCUCCGAAAAGUCAAAACGAAUACCAACACACUGACGUGUUGAAGCAGCCCGUAGCUCAUCUGGAAUACAUGAGCUCUGACAUUAAUAGACCCUUUAUCUUUACAUCUGCAAGCGGUCAGGACUACGAGAACGUUCAGAGCAGCACCACACAGAGUGGGUUUGUUACCAAUGACAUUUAUGAGAGCUCCUCUGCAACAGAGGCUGGAUGGGUGGACAACGACAUCUAUGGAUACUAAAUCACUCUAUAUGUUGACUGUAAGUCUGACCUCUCUCUCUAGCAUGGCUGGAUCUCCCUCCAUUUUUAAUCUCAUCUCCAGCAUGUAUGCUUGCUUUGAUGUGCACUGUGUCAACUGGUGGGAGGACUGGGAAGCCUGCGAGGGUCUACAAUGAUUCCCAUAACUGUAGGACUUGUACAAAGAAGCGUUAAGGUGUCAUCACAUUGUGAGAACUUCCUCUGUGGAAGCUGGUAUCCUGGAACGUGACCCUCCAGUAAAUUCACAAAGCAGUGCGAUGACCUCACAGCUCAUCACAACAACAUCCCUUCUUCUUUAAUGCCCACUUUGCUCCUUUGUUUUAAAGUUGAAGUUAAGGUUAUCUGCUUGCUUAUUCACAUGUGCUGGGCAGAAGCAACAUAUGGGCUUCUUUAGGAUGUACUAUAGAAAUAUAUAUAUUUUUUUUGUUUUAAACAAAAAACGAAAUAAUGACUUAUAGCAUAAUGAUAUAAAUGUACAGGACGUUGGUUAUUGUAACAUAUUAAAUAUGAAUUUAACUUUUGGGUGUCAUAUUAAGCAAAUGUGAGCAAUUUAAGCAUGCUUGUAAAUUGAUUGUAAAUGUUAUGUUUUUAAUAAUAUCAACAAGUUUGACUUGUACUGUAUAUAGAAGCUGAAAUGGGCCUGUUAUAGAUUGGUGUGUUUUGUGUUUUUUUUAUAUAUAUAUAUACAUUUUUUU